ACAAACACCGUGACACACACACGGCGACAUAUAUCACAUCAUGUCAAAAAUCUUAAAAAACCAUGAAUUUUGUGCAUUUGUACCUUAAUUGUAAUGAAUUUAUAUUCGAAAUAGAAUUAUCGAACUGACGAACAUUUAAUGAAUUACAACGAAACAUUUUAUUGGAAACUUAAACGUAGUGUGUUUGUGUGAUUGUUUGAAGUUAAUGUACCUAAUAGACUCCAGCACUGCUGUGGUUUUGGUUGGAAUUGGUUGUGCAUACUCAAUAAUAAUCGCCAGAAGACAGUUUGUGUACCUAACUCGUUUUUUAUGUGAGUGGUAAAUUGAUAAACAUUUUCUAUCAACCCGUGUAGUCACGGGUUAUAAAGUGAUCUCUGGCCGAUUGCCUAAGAGGUUUUGUAAUGUUCGCUACCGGUUUAUACAGUUUUUCACCUCGAAUAGUCGCUAGAAAACAAUUAAUUUGAUGAACAACCCGUUGGUCGUUGUUGACUGAACUACCUAUCCAUAUAUACUUAUGUUCCUUCCUUAACCCAUACUUCCAUUUACAUUCCAUUCAAAUCUUCCAAAUUGCAUUGCAUUGUAUGUAAAUAAUAUUCAUAUAUCAUUCCAAAUAUAUAUAGGAUAUUGACACUUUUUAUAAAUAAUUAUAAAAAAUAUCGUCAAAUCGCAAUUAACACGAUAAAUUAUGCUAAAUUAGAAUCGUGGAUCCAAUUGGGUCGCAUAUCAGACACAAGUUGGAUCAACCGGAUCCCGUCAACUCUGGGAUCAACUUUGCCCACCGAUCUGUGACGCCGUCGCGCGCGGCCAAGUUCGGCGUGCCGAUACGGGCCAGAUCGGGCGGUCGGCUGAAUUGCUCGUUCUCAUAUCCCUCGCGAUGUUCUGACACGUACAGUAUGAGCUCGUCCCCAGUAGUGGAACCCUCGUCCCCAUCCACCACACCCUCGUCGCCGGCGCUGAAGGCGGACUGCGUGCAGUUCCAGACGUCCACGCCCAAUUAUAUCGGCAAGAAGCAGCACCAACCGCCUCUGCACGUAGUGUUGCCCUCCACCGCACCGGCGACACCUCCUACAUACGGGGAGCCUACUCUGACACCACCGCCGCGGUCGCCGGGCGCUACAGUCGCGACCCCAGCUUCCGGGGACGGCAGGAACCACCCGCCCGACGGCACAUCCUCGGAUAAGUCAUCCGAAACAGCGGUAGGCGGUAUAUCGCGCACACCGAGCACGGCACUAUCCCGCAAGGAGAGCUACAAAGCGCAGAGGCAGCAUUACAGAAGAGAAAAGAAGAGAGCGGCGUCUGCCCUGCUGCACUCUAUAGAGGAUCCGUCGGUUGUCGUGCUAGCCGAUUGGUUGAAGGUUCGCGGUUCCCUCAAGUCAUGGACGAAGCUGUGGUGUGUUCUGAAGCCGGGACUACUGCUUUUAUACAAGAGUCCUAAAGCUAAGAGCAGCCACUGGGUGGGCACGGUACUGCUGACGUCUUGCCAGGUGAUCGAGCGGCCGAGCAAGAAGGACGGCUUCUGUUUCAAACUGUACCACCCACUCGAGCAGAGCAUCUGGGCGCCGAGGGGGCCGCACAACGAGACUAUUGGCGCGGUGGUGCAGCCGCUUCCGACUGCGCACCUGAUCUUCCGCGCGCCGUCGCAGGCCGCCGGCCACUGCUGGCUCGACGGACUAGAGCUCGCGCUGCGCUGCAGCAAUGCUAUGCUCAGAUGCUCCCGUUCGAGGCCCGAGCAGACCGUGGCGGCGGAGGCGCCCGCCACUCAGACCAUCUCGCACGAAGAACUCGAGAAGCACUUCAAUGAGCACGAGUUAGCUGGUGCAGCGUCAGACUCCGACAGCGAAGGUUCCAGAGUGGGGAUGCAAGAGCAGAAGGAAGACAUGGUGAGCAGGAAGCAGGAGAUCCUCUCCAGGAUCGAGAGGGUCUAUGUGGAGGAUCCUGACCGGGAGAUCGGUGCGGCAGGAGAAUUGGUCGAGGAGGUGGCAGAAGAGAACAAGUCUCUGCUGUGGUUCCUGCUGAAGCAGGUCCGCCCCGGCAUGGACCUCAGCAAGGUGGUGCUGCCGACUUUCAUACUGGAGCCCAGGUCGUUCCUGGACAAGCUGUCUGAUAACUAUUACCAUGCGGAUUUGUUGGGACAGGCACAAAGCAUGGAAGACCCGUACCAAAGGUUCAAGUGUGUGCUGAGGUGGUACCUGUCAGGGUUGUACAGGAAGCCCAAGGGUCUGAAGAAGCCGUACAACCCGGUGCUGGGCGAGACCUUCAGGUGUUGCUGGAAGCAUCGCAACACGGACACCUACACGUAUUAUAUUGCUGAACAGGUGUCCCACCAUCCGCCCGUGUCGGCGUUCUACGUGUCCAACAGAAAGGAAGGAUACGUCAUAGAGGGCAGUCUACUCGCCAGAUCGAAGUUUUAUGGUAACUCGACGUCGGCCAUCUUGGAGGGGUGCGCGAGGGUCCACCUGCUGGGCUGGGGGGAGACGUACGUGACCACCGCGCCCUACGCUCACUGCAAGGGCAUCGUUAUUGGCACACUCAGCAUGGAGCUCGGCGGGAAGGUUCACAUAAUAUGUUCGGACACGGGCUACCAGGCAGACAUAGAAUUUAAGCUAAGGUCAUUCCUCGGCAGCGCAGAACAAACGAACGCAAUAUCCGGCCGAAUCAAGAAAGGGAAGGACACUGUAGCGACGAUAGAAGGAUACUGGGACGGGAAAAUGGAUAUAAAAGACAAGAAAACUGGGGAGGAGAGCAACCUUUUGGACGUGGCUUUCCUGAAGGAGCAGCGUCUACCUCGGUACCUGAUGAACCUGGACAGCCAGCAUGAGUACGAGUCGCAGCGGCUCUGGCUAAAGGUGUCGGAAGCCAUCGGCAAUGAUGACCAGGUGGCAGCGACUGAAGAGAAGACAAUAAUAGAGGAGGAGCAGAGGGCUCGCGCCAGGAACCUGGUGGCGCCCUGGGUGCCCAGGUUCUUCCACAAGGACCUCCGGAGGCAGUCCCUUGACGGUGUUAUUGAUCAAGGCUGGCAGUAUAACCAUAUAAACAUAAAUCCCUGGCAACUGGAAGAGAUGCUGGAGUACGAGGACGACUUCGUGAUCCGUAGCGCGGUGGGCGCGGCGGCGGGCCGCGAGCCGCCGCCGCGCCGCCUCUCCGACUCGGACAGCCACGACGACGGCGCGCGCAGGUCCAAGGCUUCCACACGCACAAUAAAACAGACUCUACACUCCAUAGACACGGCGCUGCGUGAUCACACCACGGCUAUAGAGCGGUUGUCCAAAACUGUAGAGAGCAUGGGCGAGGGUCAACGCGCCGCCGCGUACCGGCCGCAGAACGUGGGCCGCGUGCCCGCAGCGACCCACAGUUGGGAAAUGCUCGGCGGGUUCGUGCUUGCCAUUGUGUUACAAGCUUUACUGAACUGGGUGUUCCACCAAAAAGACUGAGUACUUCGCGACGUGGCGUUCUCGACGUGAACCCGAGCGACAUGUUCGCGUUCCGAUCUAUUAGUGUCCAGUUCGAGCCAGUUCGAGCCGGUUCGGGCCGGUUCAAGCCGGUUGUGUCUUAAAUCGAUUUAGAGAACAUCUAAAUCGAACGAAACGCGUCCCGCUGCGUUUCAAUUCGAAAUUUAAAUUUUGGAAUUGUAUAUAGUGAAUUUGAAUUGUGUUUUCAACCGACUUCAAAGAGAAGGAGGUUCUCGAUUCGGUUCUCAAUUUUUUUUUAAUGUUUGUUACCUCGGUAACUCCGUCAGUUGUAAGCCGAUUUGGAGUUUUUUUUUAUCUGGAAGUAUAUGCUUACAGAUUCCUUUUUGUUCCUUUUAAUAGUUUUAUCAAAAUCGGUUCAGUACUUUGAUUUUUAAAUGAAAUGAAUAUGUUUUUGCCACAAUUGUAGACGAUUUUGUUUUUUUUUUGUAGAACAAAAUCUUGUUAUUUAAAUUAUCGCUUGUCUCCGUUCGAUAGGGCGUAUCUGAUUUGAAACGUUCCUUAGUAAUAUGUUUUUAAUUAAGAAUAUAUAGUCGAAAUAUUUUUACAUUCCUACAUCGUAUACAGGGUGUAUACGAAAACGUUAGCGUCCCUUUAAACAGAGUGUUCUAUCAAUAAAAUUUGACAUUUACUUGAAAUAUAUAUCAUACCGUAUCAGCCAUUAACUGUUCAUUGCUGAAUAUGGGCUUCCUCC